AUGGGCUCUUCGGACACAGCUAUCACCAUCGCCUUUGGGCUUAUCAGUGUGUCCAUUAGCCUAAUCGGCGUCUGGAUCAGCUACCUCACCCUUCGAGCAAUGAGUCUUGAUACUAGUGCGUCCCUGUUCUCAACUUCCCCCACCCUCGCUCUCCUUCCCUUCUCUCAAGAGGGUGAGAGAAAAGAGGGGGACUUUCAGUUCAGCUCAUGGCAGUUCAUGGCUUACACGGGUUCUAAGCAAAUAAUAACAACCAACUGCCUAUCGACCACGAGCGAAUCCUUCGACACGAACACUCUUUCGUCGUUCCCUUCGCAUGGCAUCGGAGACGGGUUCCUUGGAUGGCAUGAGACGCCGACGAUAAUACCAAGUUGCGGCUAUGAGGACGGAGUUCGGGCUUCGAGGGCUACUGGUAGCUGGCGUUAG